AUGCUUAAGGAAGAUUAUGGUUACCCAGAUACUCUUGACUUUAGUGACAGAUAUAAAGAAGCUAUUAGAAAGUUCAAGGAAGGAAAUACUGACCCGAACCUAUUUAGCUUUAUGGUUCAGCACCAAAUGGGAUAUAAUUUCAAACCUGGAAAAUACAAGCUCGCUAAGGGAUAUGAUUUAAUAGCAUAUCAUCCAAAUGACAUGAAUGAAUUUACUCCGAGAUAUUUGAUGUCAGAGCUAAAUGAUAAUUCAACUCUCUUCAUGAAACGCGUAAAAAAUAGAGACGGAACGAAAGAAGAAAGGUUUAUGAGUCCGGAUGACUUAGAUAGGGAACUUGUUAAAAAUGGUCUCGGAAUAUAUGAAAUGCCACCAGAUGAGGUACAAGAAACUCCACAGGAAGAAGUUCAGAUACAACCAGACAUGGAAGAAAUAGUUCAGCAACAACAGCUAGAAGAGCCUGAAGGAAACGAACAA